CAAUAUGCAGACCAGAAUGGAACUGACCUCAUGAAACAAAGCGGUGACUUAGUCUGCUGCCCUAACAAUGACUAUAUUACUGAUCUUCCAAUGAUGUCCAGGUCACAAUGUGCAGACCACAAUAAUACUGACCCUAUGACACAAAGCCAGGGGAAAUAUGCAGAUGAGGAGCGAAUCUGUAAUGGGGAAAUAUUUUAUAUAACGGACGAUGUAGAAAAAGAUAAAAUCCGUGAAUUAACCCUAUCUGACGGAGAGGAGAGAGAGUACACAUUGAAUUAUAAAGCCCUUAGAAUUCGCAGUGGUUUAAAUUUUGCGUGGGCCAGGACCAUUCACACAUUCCAGGGCUCAGAAGAAGACACCAUUGUGUAUGUUUUAGGCACUGCUGGCAGACAGAACUGGAAGCAUGUAUACACGGCUGUCACACGGGGCCGAAAACGUGUAUAUAUAAUAGCAAACAGUGCUCAGCUUGAUCUUGCAAUUGCUAACAAGUCUCGUGAAAGAAAAACUAGACUCCAGCAGCGUCUGAAGGACAGCUUGUCCCAUAGUGGUGCCUGGCCACAGUCUGGUGCUUCUACUUCCACCAAUCCAAUGAAAACACAGAUGACACAAGGCAAGCCCGGUCUGCCCUACACACAGCUUAAAACGCCUCCUCGCUUCCGAUGCUCCUCUGUGCCCACCACACAAGCUAUGGCCUCCUCCAGGAGCACUUGCGCUGAUGGAGAGGUUUUUGCAGGCCACAUGUCAUCACCAUCAGGCUCGCCAGUAAAUCGUGAAAGCCGAGCGGUGGAGGAGUCACCCUCACAGAAGCGGAGUGCGGCAGAAAUUUCUCCUUCAAGUAGACUUCAAAACCUGCACAUAAAUAGUUCAUGUAACAAGCAGCUUUUUGAUCACUGA